CUACAGAUUCUUAAGAAGAAAUCUGUGUUUUGUUUUAUGAUAGUUACUGUAUUUUUAGAACGUCUCUGCAAGAGAACAAACUCAUCUAAUUAUACAUCCAUCGUGGGUAAUCUUGAAUUUAUUGAAAAUAGACGAUGCAAAGGAAAAUUUAUUUUUAAUAACAAUCUAUCACAGUGACAUAUCUCCGUGUUAGGUUGGCAUUCCCACAAUUGUUUCUAUUUGUUAGAAGUUUGCUAAUGGCAAGCUGUUACCGUGCAUUGAAAAUUGAUGAAAAUAAGUGAAAUAUCAGAAGUACAAACGAAUUGAACGAAAUUUGUUGUUGUUGAUGUAAAAAGGAGUUGCAUCAUGAUAGUCGAGCAACCUGAAGCUUUCAAAAAUUGGCUAACAGCCGUUUUGAAACCUAUGUGUGAUGCUGAUCCUGCAGCACUAGCUAAAUACGUUAUUGCUUUGAUUAAGAAGGAUAAAGCUGACGAUGAACUCAGAAAGAGUAUGGUAGGACAGUUGGAAGUAUUUUUAGAAGAAGAAACCGAAACUUUCGUGAAUCUCGUGUUUCAAACUCUACAAACCCAAGAAUACAUAACAACCCCAGUGAUCCCAAAUGCCAAUCCGCCUAAUCCAAACAUAGUGAAAAAAGACAAAGAAUGUGUUAAAGAAAAAGUGAUAGUGCAACCAAGUGAACUGCCAAAUUUGAAUGAGCAGAUAAAUGGUUCUAAAAAAGAAUCCGAAAUUAAAAGAGAUAGGGAAGUUCGUGAGAGCAGAAAACCUGAUUGUAUUGACAAUAAAGAAAAAGAUGACAAAGUUCGAAGUACUCGUAGACGAGAGCGAUCAUCAUCUAGGGACAGGUUACGUUCUAGAUCACGUUCAUGGGAUCGUUCAAAGCGGUCUCGCAGUCGAGAUAAAUCGAGAGAUCGUUUAUCCCCAUCUCAUCGAACUGGUGGUAUAGAAAGAGAAAAACGAGAUCGACCACCACGCAUAUGGAGAAACAAAUCCCCACCUAUGAGGUCUUCAAGGUAUGAAAGAAGAAGGUCUAGGACUCCACCUUCUCCAUCUAGAAGUCCUAGAUAUCAACACAGGAGUGGCAGGUACAGAAAUAGAUCCUUGGAAAGAAGUAGAAGUAGAAGUAGGUCACGAUCGUUAGAAAAAGCCAGAAGAGAGACUGUAAAGGAAAAAGAUAGAGAACAUUCAAGACCUGGAACUCCCACUCAGGAUUCAAACCAUGGAGAAUCUGAUUUGAGACUGAACACUUCCACUCAAAGUUGUGUUGUACUUUCAACAAAAAGGAAAUGUCGCGAUUUUGAUGAAAAAGGAUUAUGUAUGAGGGGAGAGAUGUGUCCUUUUGAUCAUGGUGUCGAUCCAGUUGUUUUAGAAGAUGCAGCUCUUUCUACAGUACUAAAUUACAAUCCCAAUGGAGCCACACCGGAGAUACAAACCAAUAUACCACCACCUAUUUUGACAGCCCCUGGCCACCCGAUGAUGGGUCCCAGGGGCGUCAUACCCUCUGAGUACAAUCCUCAAGCUCCAUUCUUGAGGGGUUUCAGAGGUCCACGACCUCUAGGACCAGCAAGGUUACCUUCAAUGGCCAUGUUUCCCCCACAACCAAACAUCAAUCGUGAACUCAUUUCGGUUCCUGUUAUGGAUAAUAAGCAACCAGUUUAUUCUCCUGGAUACCCGCCUCAAUCCAACUUUAUACCCUUGGAAAAUCAUGAUUCCUUCUACCAUCAGAAGAAAAACAAGUUUGACUUCAAUCGCCUGGGUGCUCGGGCACCUAGGAACCUAGCAAAUUGUUCGCUAGAAUUAAAAAAGAUUCCGGCAGGAUUAAAUAGUAUAACUCACCUCAACAAUCACUUUUCCAAAUUUGGGAAAAUUACAAAUAUUCAGGUAAACUAUGAGGGGGACACUGAAGCAGCCAUAGUCACGUUUUCUAGUCAUGCAGAAGCCAGUGCUGCUUAUAGAAGCACAGAGGCAGUUCUCAACAAUCGCUUUAUUAAGGUGUUUUGGCAUAACACCAACAAUGAUGGUAAACAAGAAAAUGUCCCACCUAGACCAGUGAAGGAACGUUUGGGCCUGAAUCAGAUUGUUCCGUCAAAUACUAAUAAAGUCCUGAAUUUAGUUCAACUCAAAGCUGAGGAACCCAAGUUAAUUCCUCCAGGCAGUGAAGCUAACGAUGUCAAGAAUCACACGUCUGAAAACUCCCCUCCUACUAUUAAUAAAGAAGAGGCAAAAGCUCAAGCUGCUGCCAACAUCAAAAAAAGUCAGGAACUUUUGGCUGCCAAAGAAAAGUUGAAGAAAAACCAAGAUGAUAAAAGGAAAGAAGUCAUGAAAAUCAAUCAGGAUUUGAGGAAGAGGAAGCAGGAGCUUCUGGAGAAACAGCUUAGUCAACAGAAAAUUCUUAUUGAAAAGAUGGAAAAAUUGACACCUGGUCCCCAAAGAGAUCUUAUUAAAGAAACUAUUAAAAAAACACAAGAAUCCAUUGAAGAAAUCCGUAAAGAUAUUGCGCAGUCUAUCGCGAGUAAAAUGGCAGCACCACAAAAAAAAACUAAAGAGGAUGCCCAAAAAGAAAUCUUAGACAUUGAGCUUGAUUUAAUAGCCAAACAACAAGAAGGAGCUGAUGUCACUGAGAUUCAAAAGAAAUAUUAUGAGCUGAAGGCCAAAACCGCUAUGUUGAAGAGAGGAAGGGGAAGGAGAUAUAAUCCUAUGCAAAGACAUAGUCUUCUCAGUAAAAACAAUCUUUUAGAUAAUGCAGUGAAAUCUGCAACGAAAAUCGAUAGGACUAACUCAAAUACCAACUUACAUCCACCUUUUCAUAAAACAACCACACAUUCAAUUGAUCAUAGGCCUACCAGAAUAUUGGUCUCUGGUUAUGAAAUUGAAGAACAGGAAAAUGUUCUAGCUCAUUUUCAGCAAUUUGGAGAAAUUGCCGAAUACAUCACUGAUCCCACACUACCUAGUGUUACAUUCAAUUUCAAAAAUAGGAAGGAUUCAGAAGCCGCUCUUCUUAAAGGGAAACAUUUCGAGGAUCGUACACUUUCCAUUACAUGGUGCAGUAAUGUGCAACAUAACAACCAAAUGAAUAAUAACUUAACACGAAAAGUUGUUAUGUCUGAGACUGAAGAGGAACAGCUCAUAGAUCAAAGUAUUCUAGAUGCAGAUGAAGAAGCUAACGGAACUGAGCAAGAACUUCCAGAAGAGGUUCUUCUACAAGAUGAUGAUGAAGAUGAUGAUGAGGAUCGCUCAUGGAGGCGAUAGCCACAGAGAUGGUAUGGGCAACAACGACAGCUAGAUGUAAUGCAUUGAACUGUUUGCCAUAUUUCAUCAAGCUGUCGUCACUGUAAAAUAAAUUUACCCUUAAUUUCCACAGAAUGUAUUUUAAAAUGUAUUUAUAACUUUAUUUAGUCAUAUUCAGUUCUUUGAAUCUAUUGAAAUUUAUAUAUAUAUUGCUUGUUGAAUUGUUCCAACUUUUGGUUUUAGAAUUCAGAUUGAUGAUAUUCUUUUGUGAACUGAUGGUCUGUUUUGAUUGGGACAAUCUCGAGGGUUUUUAUCGGAUUUUCCUUAUUUUUAUCCUAGAAUUGGUCUCUUUAGGUAUAGCUAUUGAAGAAUUUGAGUUUUGUAAUUUAUCAGAACAGAUUUUCAGAAAGAAUUUUUGUAUAAUAUAAUGUUA